AUGUUUGAGCUCAUGUACGAUGACACUGGUGUAGGAUGGGAUUCACAUAUGGGAUUCGGUACGUCCGUCAUCUUGCGAGCUUGUGGCCCAUCUCUCGUCCGUAGCGAAGGCGCCCUUGCAAUCUAUCGGGAACUUCGACUUUUCGAGAUCAGUCGAGCGGCUUUGUUCUCUCACACGACGCUGCUAAUGGACUCUGAGUGGAUGAUGCACGAUCAAUUGUGCCGUGCUAAUGCUGGUGACUGGAGCUUGCUUGAGGUUGCAUUCGAUUUGUUCUUGCAAUGUGUAGGGCUUCAACAGAGCUUUGCAGACUUUCAAGAAAGUCGUGGAGAAGAUCCGGAAACCGAGAAACACGAUAGCUCCAAAGGCCUACCACGGGACAUGACUUUGACAUUGGAGAUGAACAUCUUCCAACUGCGGGGCAUCCACCUACAGUCUGAGGUUGCAACCUUUAUCUCAUCAUUCCAAAACCCGAUCGAUCUCGAGGAACAAACAACGGCGCAGUCUUACGGAUAUGCGAUAAUGAUCUAUCUCUCUGGAAUCUUCGACCAUGGUGUAUCGACUAGUCAGCCCACAGGAGCUCCUAUGCUACACUCUCAAGAGAUCGCAGUCUAUCGAGAAAAGAUCGUUCAUCUCUGCGAUCGAGCAUUGAAGCAAGCUCGUGAGUCGCCAGUACUACUGUUAGUACCUCUUCGCAUUGCUGGCAAUAGAUGCGAUACCACUGCGCAGUGUCAAAAUGUCCUCGGCUUGAUUUCUCAAGUUGAGCGAUCAUUCGCUGUCGCUCAAGCAUUUCGGAGAGAGCUCAUUGAGAUCUGGAAAGGUCGCGGCUUGCUGUAA